AUGCUCCAGCUCACCUCUUCGAUCACCAAUGCGGUCCGUCGACUCUUGUAUGACCCCAAGUUGUUCUGGGCACUAGCAGCGGUGGUCAUCAUAGGAGAUGCAAUACUGACACAACUCAUUAUUCGCUUCGUAUCCUAUACCGAGAUUGAUUGGGAGACUUACAUGUACCAAGUUCAACUAUACAUCAAAGGGGAACGCGAUUAUUCAAACAUAUCUGGACCUACUGGGCCCCUAGUGUAUCCCGCAGGGCAUGUCCAUAUCCACGAGCUUUUGUAUCGAAUCACGGGCGCAGGAUUGGAUAUUGCCUUCGCACAGCAAAUAUACGCUGGUUUAUACAUAGUGUCUUUGGUCCUUUCAUGCGCCAUCUAUCGGACGGCGGGCGCUUUGCCAAACUGGGUCAUCCUUCUCUUGCCGUUGAGCAAAAGGUUGCAUUCCAUAUUCGUGCUGCGUCUCUUCAAUGACUGUUGGGCUGUCGUUCUGACACAGAUGGCAGUACUGUCGUUUGCAGCUGGUUCUUAUGAUCUCGGUGCGGUCAUCUUUAGUGCUGCGGUGUCGGUGAAGAUGUCCGCUCUUUUGUGCUUGCCUGGUAUCCUGGUUAUCUGUGUCAAGCGUCGAGGGCCUCUUGACACUUUUCGUCUCGUGGCUAUCAUGACACUCGUACAAGGGUUGAUUUGUCGGCAAUUCUUGCGUGACUACCCCUGGCCGUAUUUCGCGAACGCGUUCGACCUCUCUCGAGUAUUCCUCUACAAAUGGACGGUCAAUUGGCGCUUCCUCGACGAGGCUACUUUCCUGAGCCCAGGAUUGGCCCGAGGUUUGCUCCUUGGUCAUGCCUCUGUUUUGAUAGCGUUUGGUCUCUUCAAGUGGUGCUACAAGGAUGGUGGCUUUAUAGCGGUAUUGCGGAAGGCUCUUACAAAUCCUAUGAAAGCAAGCGGGGUUUCUCAAAUAACUGCAGAUGAUGUCGUUACCAUCGUCUUCAGUGCGAAUUUGAUUGGAAUCAUCUUCGCUCGUUCACUUCAUUAUCAGUUUUACUCUUGGUACGCGCAGCAGUUACCCUUUCUACUGUGGCGAACGCCGUACCCAACCUUCGUAAAGCUCUGCAUCUUGAGCGCUGUUGAAUAUGCUUGGAAUGUAUACCCAUCAACAGUGGUGUCAUCCGGGAUGUUGGUAACAGCGAACGUCCUUGCUCUGAUUGGUGUGUGGCACGGGUACCCAAUGGACACGCCACAGAGCGAUAGUGGUGUAAAGACGGAUUGACUGCAUAUACCUGUGAAAUAAAUUUCAUUAGACUUCUAAAUU